AUGGACCUCGCCCACCUCCCAGUAGAGCUCAUACAGCAUAUCCAUGUCCUCGCCCACAACCCAUUUUUGCCCCACACCUGCCGAUACAUCUACGCUUCCCUCCACGGCACCUCCCCCCAUUACACUGCCGCCUACCUCCUCUCCCUCUACAGCCCGUACGGCCCAAGCGAAAUUUUGGUCCGUGCUCUGCGCCACCCAGUGUGUGAUAUCGAUGUCGCUCUGGCCCUGAACGAGCAGUGGGAAAAGCGGCGGAGGAUGGGUAACGGAAAGAGCACCGUAACGUCACUCGACCCUAUGCUGGGCAAGAGGGCAAGAUCGAAAUGGGGCUCUGCAUCUCCGGAGCCAGCGAUACGGCCGCUUGCCGUUCGAGAGCUACCGAGACGACUGUUCCGAGUGUCAAAACCCGAGCCGCCGAUCCAUCCCAUGAUAACGUAUCUCUUUGAAACCUAUUCUCCGUCCCCGAAUUCGCACAAGGGCUACCCGCUUUGUCGCGCUGUUCUCCAGCACAAUUUGCCACUGAUAUCGUUUCUCCUGGUACAUGGGGCAGACCCCUCGCUGAAAGACUUUAUGGCGGUGGAAAUCGCCAUCUCUAUGAAAGACCUGCAGAUGGUCAAAAUGUUGAUCGAGAGGCAGCCAGGAGAAGAAACAAAAACGGAUAGCCCCGCAAAGAGGGUAAAGCUAGGAGAUAGAGUGACAGUGGGGACGAGGAUGGUAGAGACUGCAAUCAAGAAGGGGGCAAAUGAGAUUGUAAACUAUCUCGUGCACGACAAGAAGGUCAUGCCGCCCCUUCAGUCCAUCAUGGAACUUGGGAAACCAGACGCUCCUAUAUCAAAACCAAAGUCUCGGCCAAAGCAGAAGAGUAAUAAGAGGCAACGACAGGCUGGAUUUAAAUGA